AUGGAUCCCCGAAGGCAGAAAACGACCAUCCGGCAGACCAAAGCGUCGAUGGAAAAACGAGCUAGUCGCGCACCUAAAAGAUUGGACCUUAGAGGUGCAAAACAGAGAGGUGUGGAGAGAGGGGAGGGAGACCUUAGCCCUGCAACAAUUAAAAUGUACGAUGACGUAGAGAGAGUGUCGUGGUGUCCCUUUAUGGUAUCGCUUAAACAAAAUAUCAAAAGAAGAAUAAAACUUUGUGGUGGUACAAUAUUAACCGAUACUUUAACUCUAACAGCCGCUCAUUGUGUUAUUUUUGGUGUCACAGGACUUUACCUUCAAUUUGGAAGCACUUACGUUUUUGGUGGCAGAAUGUUCGAAGCAACAAACAUCACUCUUCAUAAUUUUUUUGACAGAAGCGCUUUUGCGCAUGAUAUAGGUCUUGUUAGUAUUUUUCCUGCAAAACUCAGUUUUGGAUUAAAUGUUUUGCCGGUAAAACUACCAAAGAAGAACUUGGACAUUGAAUCAACGUCGUGGCUUAGAAUUUAUGGAUGGGGUGCGACCUCGGAGCAUCAAUCGUUUUCAGAAAUAUUGCUCUCAACUAUGAUGCCUUUGGUAGACGAGAAAAUUUGCAAAUCUCUACUUGACAAUGUUCCCGAAAACACUUUCUGUUUGGGAUACUUCGACGGCCAUGUUGAUGCUUGUCUCGGAGACUCAGGUGGGCCUGCGAUGCUGCUUGAUGUGCAAGUGGGCAUUACCUCAUUUGGAGAAGGAUGCGCUUUGCCAUUGAAACCUGGAGUGUAUACAGACGUACGAAAGUACAUCGACUGGUUGCACGGAGCCAUGAAAACACUACACUGA